AUGAGCAUUUUCGCUUCGGUCGAAUUGGGUCCUCCGGUGGAAGUGUUUGCCCUCAAUAAGGCGUGCAUUGAAGAUCCGAACCCCAACAAGGUUAAUCUUGGCGUAGGAGCUUAUCGAACGAACGAGGGCAAACCCUGGAUACUGCCGGUGGUGAAAAAAGCCGAAGCAGCGAUUGUUGCCGACGGGUCGCUAAAUCAUGAAUAUUUGCCCGUGCUCGGUAUGGACAACAUAACGAAUGCGGCGAGCACGUUGCUACUGGGCGAGGAUAACGAUGCACUCAAAAGCAAGCGUGCCUUCGGUGUGCAGUGUCUGUCCGGUACCGGUGCGCUACGUCUUGGGGCCGAAUUUCUGGCACGUAUUCUUAAGCGCACCACCUUCUACUAUUCCGACCCGACGUGGGAAAACCACCACAAGGUGUUUCUGUACGCGGGCUUUACGGAACCGAAAACCUACCGGUACUGGCACCAGGAAACGCGUGCAAUUGAUUUUGCCGGCAUGAUUGAGGAUCUCGGAAAUGCGCCGGAGGGCGCGGUAGUUAUACUGCACGCCUGUGCCCACAAUCCGACCGGGAUCGAUCCGACCGAAGACCAGUGGAAGCAGAUUGCGGAUGUGUGUGAGAAGCGUAAGCUGUUCCCGUUCUUCGAUUCCGCCUACCAGGGCUUUGCAAGCGGUGACCCCAACAAGGAUGCGUUCGCCGUGCGGUAUUUCGUUAGCCGCGGAUUUGAACUGUUUUGUGCGCAAAGCUUUGCCAAGAACUUUGGUCUUUACAACGAGCGAAUCGGUAAUUUAACGGUGGUUCAAAAGGAGGCCACCACUAGUGCCGCCGUCGCUUCCCAGAUUACGUUGCUCGUCCGUGGCAUGUACUCGAACCCACCGGCUUUCGGUAGCCGUAUCGUGAGUCGCGUACUGAACGAUAAGGACCUACGCAACGAGUGGAUGGAGUGCAUCAAGACGAUGAGCUCGCGUAUCAUCACCAUGCGUAAGGCUCUGUACGAUGAGCUCGUGGCACUGAAGACGCCGGGCACUUGGGAGCACAUUACCAAUCAAAUUGGAAUGUUUUCCUACACCGGCCUCAACGAAAGCCAAGUGCAGAUACUAAUCAAGGAGUUUAGCAUUUAUCUGCUGAAAACUGGACGCAUCAGCAUGUGCGGGCUGAAUGAAAGCAAUGUUGCAUACGUUGCCCGCGCUAUCCAUGCCGCAGUAACCCGCGAAUAG